AUGAAUCCUUUCGGCAACUCAGGCGGUGACGAUUUCUUCAGCGGCAUAGGCGGCCCCUUUGGCGGUCCAAUGGGUGGCUUCGGCGGCGGCCCCAUGGGCGGUAUGGGAGGCAUGAUGGGAGGUGGCCCCCCUCCUAUGAUGGGCCGUGGCGGCGGUGGUGGUCCUAUGGGCGGUGGGAAUCCGCGUCAAGGCGGAUACUCAUUCUCUUCGACUUUCGAUUCCUCGCGCCCUGAAGGCCAGCAAUACCAAGAACACCACGAGCCAUUUGGCGAUUACGCUGGCAGCCGUGGUGGUGGUGGCGGCCCUAUGAGCGGCAUGGGCGGCCGCGACGGUGGUCAAGAACCCCCUUCUCGUAGUGGUCGCGGCAUCAUGUUCUCCGGUCUCUCACGCGCAGACAACCCCUUCCGCCAGUCCCGCACUGCCGGCCCCGCCAGCACUUCACAACAACCUACCUACGGCCAACAGCGCUACAUGGACGAUCGAGAUUACACCCGCGGCGGUGCUCAAGAUCCGCGGUAUGGAGCCGGAUACGAAGACCCUCGUGCUGGUGGACAGUAUGGUCAUGGUGGAGGUCCAGGCCGUAUGUUUGACUAUGGUGGUCGUCAACAACCUUAUGGUCGGCAGGGCUACUACGAUGAUGAAUCGGAUUCAGAGGAUGAAGGGUAUAGGCCGCAGCAGCGUUAUGCUCCUCAGCAGGCUUAUGGUGGUGGUGGUGGUAGUUCGCGUCGUGCUGGUGGUGGUGGAGGAGGUGGUGGUGGACGCCAGUUUUUUAACUUUGAUCGUAAUGGGAGGCGGAAUGACUAA